AUGGACGGCGUGAUGGUCGUGGACUUGCGGGGUGGAGGUUUGGUGUAUAGCAAGGCAUUGGCAGCUUCGUUUUCAACGCGCCAUCCCCACAAGACACACAUGAACUUGGCCGCGCUAUUGUUUGCCAUAUUCAACUACGCUGGGUCAGUGACCCGUAGCGGUGGCGGCACCUUGCAUCAAUAUGAGACUCGUUCCCAGCGCCUCGUGUUUGGCGUAGCACCAGCCAAGCAGUGGCUUGUGGUGGGAUUUGCAUCUCCCCAAGUGUUUUCCCAACACGAUCACUGGUGGACAACCCACCGAUUUGCCGACGCCGUGAAUAGUCGAUUGCACACGAUUCCGUCUGAAUCUCGAGCUAGCCAAGGCAAGCGCCUCCACAUCAUCCUCCACGAUGUCCUCGUCGAUUCGAUGCGCCAUAUCGGCACAACUCUUUGCCCCGUCUUCCAAGCGUCCACACUUGUCGUGUACUGCACUCCGCCCAAGAUUGAGACCCACGCAGCGGACGUUCGACAGGCAGAAGCCACGCCGCUCCCUCGUCAUGUAAAUCGGCAAUCUCAUGCCAACUCCAUCAUGGUCGCCACAGCAACUUCCAAGUGGAAGCGGAGGUGGCAUGCGUUAUGGCGAACGCCCGUACUACGUCGUCCUCCUUCCCUACAUCAAGUCUUACCUGGCAAUUCUCCUAUCAUUGUUCACCAGGACGAGCAGAACUUGCCGAGUCGACGGCAUAUCCUUUUGGAGUGCACGCUUGGAGAUAAACGUGACGCCACGUGGACUCUGUCGACUGUCGAGGGGUUAGUAGCUACUAGUAUUGCUACUACUAGGACCAUACCAUCAAGCAACCCUCCUUCCAGAACGAUAAUACCUGAGGCCUCCACCAAUUGGUUGGUCCUUGGAUGGGAUCGAUUGCAUGUCGUGAUGGUGCUGCUGCUGCCGCCUUCGGCCGAUUCCUCGAACACCAAUACCAUGGAGUCGUCCAGCGCAAGCAGUAGUAGUAGUAGUAGCCAUGUCGACGCAAAGCUGCAGACGUUGCUUGCCAUAGCCGACACGACGUGGGGACUGUGUACCGGCGGCGGCUCGUGAUGAUCCUCCAUGUUGAUAAGUAUGUACAGACAGUUAUGCAGAUCUACUGUAACACUUCACUGGACCAGCGGCUUCGUUGCUGGUACCGCCAUCAUCU